CCUCGGGAGGGAGGUUGAGGAGGAGACCGGAAGUUUCUUCGCCGCCACUCGCCUCCGCGCUCCCUUCAGUCCCGCCCCCGGCUACGUGCGCAAGGUCAUGUCCCGGAAGUAAAGGAGCCAUGUUGAUGGGUGACCCGGGCAGAGGCAGUGAGCAAGAGGCGAAUCCAGAGGAGUGCUAACGCGCGAGGCCCGCGGAGCGUGACGCCAGUCCUGCUUGUCCCCCAUGGCCCCGUGGAGCCGAGAGGCGGUGCUGAGUCUCUACCGGGCUCUGCUGCGCCAGGGACGAGACCUCCGCUACACUGAUCGAGACUUCUACUUUGCCUCUGUCCGCCGUGAGUUUCGGAAAAAUCAGAGGCUCGAGGAUCCUGAGGCCCGGGAGAAACAGCUGGAGAAGGGACUAGUCUUCCUCCACAGCAAACUGGGGGGGCUUGUUUAGGCUCCUCCCCUUUACUCCUGCACCCUGACUGCAAGGAAAGAGGACAGAGGUGCCCUUUCUGGACACACCUGCUCUUUCACCCCCACCUCCCAGAUGCAUUAAGAAGCCUCAGAUGUUUCCUGUAUCAAACAUUGAUCCCUGGAGAUGUAGCAGUGAACUAAAUGCAUUCAGUGGAGAAGAGGAAUUCUAGAAGCUUGUGGUCCAGUAGUUACUAGAGAGAAAAGCAGGUGAGCGAUGGCAGGCGCUGGUGAGCGCAAAGGCAAGAAAGAUGACAAUGGCAUUGGCACGGCCAUUGAUUUUGUGCUCUCCAAUGCCCGGCUGGUGCUGGGGGUGGGUGGAGCGGCCAUGCUGGGCAUCGCCACGCUCGCAGUUAAGCGGAUGUACGAUCGGGCAAUCAGUGCCCCUACGAGCCCUACUCGCCUGAGCCACUCAGGAAAAAGGAGCUGGGAAGAACCCAACUGGAUGGGCUCCCCACGACUGCUGAGCAGGGACAUGAAGACAGGCUUGAGCCGGUCCCUGCAGACCCUCCCCACAGACUCCUCGGCCUUUGACACAGAUACAUUCUGCCCGCCCCGGCCCAAGCCAUUGGCCAGGAAAGGCCAGGUAGACUUGAAGAAGUCACGACUCCGCAUGUCCCUGCAGGAGAAACUUCUUACUUACUACCGGAACCGGGCAGCCAUCCCUGCCGGAGAGCAGGCUCGGGCCAAGCAAGCUGCCGUGGACAUAUGCGCCGAGCUCCGGAGCUUCCUGCGGGCCAAGCUGCCUGACAUGCCACUUCGGGACAUGUACUUGAGUGGCAGCCUCUAUGAUGACCUGCAGGUAGUGACAGCUGACCAUAUCCAGCUCAUUGUGCCCCUUGUGCUGGAGCACAACCUGUGGUCUUGCAUCCCUGGUGAGGACACUAUCAUGAACGUCCCUGGCUUUUUCCUGGUUCGUCGUGAGAACCCAGAGUACUUUCCUCGUGGCAGCAGUUACUGGGAUCGCUGUGUAGUAGGGGGCUACCUCUCCCCAAAGACAGUGGCAGACACAUUUGAGAAGGUAGUGGCUGGCUCCAUCAAUUGGCCAGCCAUAGGGUCUCUCUUGGACUAUGUGAUCCGACCAGCACCGCCUCCAGAGGCCCUGACGCUAGAAGUGCAGUAUGAGCGGGACAAACAUCUCGUCAUUGACUUCCUGCCUUCUGUGACCCUUGGUGACACUGUCUUGGUGGCCAGACCACACCGGCUAGCCCAGUAUGACAACCUGUGGCGGCUGAGCCUGCGUCCAGCAGAGACGGCACGCCUGCGGGCUUUGGACCAGGCAGAUUCAGGCUGCCGAUCUCUGUGCCUCAAGAUUCUCAAGGCCAUAUGCAAGUCCACUCCUGCUCUGGGCCACCUCACUGCCAGCCAGCUAACCAAUGUCAUCCUCCACUUGGCCCAGGAGGAGGCUGACUGGUCACCAGACAUGCUGGCUGAUCGUUUCCUGCAGUCCCUGAGGGGACUCAUCCACUACCUAGAGGCUGGAGUCCUACCCAGUGCCCUGAACCCCAAGGUGAACUUAUUUGCAGAGCUCACCCCUGAGGAAAUCGACGAGUUGGGAUACACUCUCUAUUGCUCCUUGUCUGAGCCAGAGGUGCUGCUGCAGACUUAAGGCAGGUGAAGGCCAAAGCAGCCGUCGGGUGGUCAGGCCCCGGAUUCUCCGUUAGAAACACGCGGCUACAUAGUUGGUGCCUCACAGGGUCCCUAGGUGCCUCCUGGUUCUUUUCUGGUCAUUGUCUUGGUCACUUCAUGCUGAUUAGAAUGACACCUCUUUGGUCCCUUAUUUUCUUCCCCAGCCCUAUUUUUGUUACCAAACACUGUGCUCCCUACUCCCUCCUUGGUCAAAGCUGGUUUUUUUCUGGAAUGAAUUGAGAAGGUAGAGUGGUGGCCUGAGCUAUGGAGACCACUUGGUGUUUUGCAUUUUGUCCCAGGUGUCCUGCUUUGUCUUCCUUGCCCUGCCCUUUUAUCCCUUCCUGUUCAGUGUCUGUCUUUUCUCUCUUCUUUCAUGCCUUCCGUUUUGCUUUUGUCCCUGGAGCAUAACUGCCUAAUCGAGAUGUUGCCUUUGAGUUAAAUAUCAGAAGAGCUUAGGUUUGCAAGCUCAGCUCUGCAGAGUGAGCAGAGACAGUGUUUAGGGUCUCUGGGGAUGAAGCUGUGUAUGAGCUGGUCUUUGACCCUGGUUCCUAGCAAACAGACCCAUCCCUCGGCCCCUCCAACCAACUAUUCAUAAAUGCCAAGAACGUUUCUCCUGGGGACACUGUUACUGACUCUACAGGAUCAACAGGAGGCAGAGUUAUUUGGAGUUUUUAUUAGUGGGCAUCAGUGCACAGGGGGACCAGGAGCUGGUUCCUGGGGCCUGGUGGAGGGCCUGCAUCUCAUCUGUGGCCGCCAGUUAGAUAAAGAUGUGAUGGCGGCUGCCAGGGCCCCACCUCCUGUGGGUGCUCCUUUCAUUCAUUUCCUCUACUGCCAGUCGGACAAGGCCUGGCAGGUGCCCCGGCUUAGCAGUAGAGGCUGAAGGUGGGCAGCAGGCUGUGUCAGCUGGAAAACCCAGUCACCCCUGGGGCCCAGUGAGCAUGUUUUGUCCUCUGAAAGACCUUGCCUUUCUAAGACGUUGCCUUAGAGCAAGAACAGGCCCAGUGGCAGUGUCUCCUGAAGCACCAGAAGGGUGUUUGCCGAGUGCUCCUGGUACCCACGGAGGCCAAAGGGCAGGUGAACGUGCACAGGCCUCUUUUCCCCCCGUCCGGUCUCUCACCUGGCACCUGGGGAGAUUGGUGCUACCCAGAAAGAGAGCACAGAUAAAUCACAGGAGGAGGAGGUGGGUACUCCCCACAUUCCUCCUUGGUUCCUGCUGCUAAAAACUGCACUAUUUAUGGCAAUGUAAAUGUAUCCUGAGGGUGUGAAGGAGUGUUUAAUACAUCACGUCCAUGUGUCUGUUUCAUGUUU